AUGAGUGAAGGCAGUAGUUUUGCUCAAGUGUGUAUCCCCAAGUUCGAUGGAGAUUUCGAUCACUGGAGCUUGUUGAUGGAAAAUCUCCUUCGAUCUAAAGAGUACUGGGGAGUGGUAAGUGAUGGCUUCAAGGAACCUGGAGAAGGAGAGGAGUUGACAGAUGCAAAGUCCAAGAGAUUGGAAGAGCUCAAGCUCAAGGAUCUCAAGGCCAAAAAUUAUCUGUUCAGCUCGAUUGACAAGGUGAUUUUGAAGACCAUCACCAAGAAAAGGACUGCCAAGGAACUAUGGGACUCGAUGAGAGUCAAGUAUCAAGGAAGUGCAAGGGUACAGAAGGCACAGUUGCAGGAUUUGAGAAGGAUUUUGAACUCCUUGAGAUGA